ACCAAUCCUCCUCCUCCUCUCUCUCUCUCUCUCUCUCUCUCUCUCUCUCUCUCUUCGUUCCCAAAAUCAUUCCAGCUCCUGAAAACCAAGACAAGACAUGGCUGUAAUACCCAAGACGGACCCAUCACCAGCCUACCUACAAGCAGUGGAAGAAAUCACUCGAGCCUACAAAUCCCUUCCCCCGAGACCCACGAUCGAAGAGGUCGAAGCAGCCACAUCCGUACUCCACACCAUCAACACUUCACAGCACACAAAACUGGAAGAGAUCUCAAGCCAGCCGGGCCCACAUGACGUCCCGCCGGAGCUCUUCUCCCUGCUGCAACAGGUGAGGAAAACCCAGGUCCUGUUCCACGCCCACGAGCAGAGGAAAGAGGCCGUCUACCUGAUCGAGACCGACAAGAUGUUCCGGGCAUUCGAUGAGCUCAUUCAGAGGGCUUCGGACCUGGUUUUGGGGGUGAAAACCCAGGUGGAGGAAAGGGUUUUAGCUUUUGAGAAUGAAGAAAUGGACUAUUCCUUGGGGGACCCAGUUGGGGAAAUAAUUGCAAGCGGAAUUGAGAUGAAGAGAAUUGAUGGUGGAAAAGGGAAGGUGGUUGAUGGUGGUGGGAUAAAUGGUUUGAUGGUUAGUUCUUCGUUUAAGGGGAGGCUUGGUGGUGGUGAUUUGAAGGGUUUGGUGGGGAGUUCUUCGUUUAGGGGGAAGCUUGGUGGUGGUGAUUUGAAGGGUUUGGUGGGGAGUUCUUCCACAAACAAGCCAACUAGUUUCAUUACAGGUGGAGGGGACACUGAGAAGUUGAGUCUCAUGAAAGUUGCAGCCAUAAUCGAAAACUGUGCAAAAAAUGGAGAACGGGUUCUUGAUCUUCAAGGCAAGUUGAUGGAAAAGAUAGAAUGGCUUCCCGUGUCACUUGGGAAGUUAUCGAAUGUAUACGAACUAAACCUAUCUCAAAACCACAUCAUGGCUCUUCCCGCCACCAUUGGCAGCCUCUUAGCCUUAACAAAGCUCGACAUUCACUCAAACCAAUUAAUAAACCUUCCUGAAUCAUUCGGUGAACUAGUUAACCUAACCGAUCUUGACCUCCAUGCCAACAUGUUGAAAUCACUCCCUCCUUCUUUUGGGAACUUGAACAACCUCAGUAAUCUUGAUUUGAGUUCAAAUCUUUUUACCCAUUUACCAGACUUGAUUGGAAAGCUAACCUCAUUAAAGAAACUGAAUGUGGAAACAAAUGAGCUAGAAGAACUUCCUUUCUCAAUCGGAUCAUGCUCGUCAAUUGUGGAGCUGAGAUUAGAUUUCAAUCAACUUAAAGCGCUUCCGGAAGCGAUCGGAAAGCUCGAGAGCUUGGAGAUUCUUUCAUUGCAUUAUAACAAAGUCAAACGAUUGCCAACAACGAUAGGAAAUCUUUCGAAGCUGAGGGAAGUCGAUAUUAGCUUCAAUGAACUGGAGUCCAUCCCUGGAAGCCUUUGUGCCGUGGUGAGUAUUGUGAAGUUGAACGUUGGGCAUAACUUUGCGGACCUCAGAGCAUUGCCGAAAUUGAUAGGAAACCUUGAAAUGCUCGAAGAGUUGGACAUUAGCGAUGAUCAGAUAAGAGUGCUUCCGGAAUCUUUCAGGUUUCUUUCCAAAUUGAGAGUUUUUCACGCAGAUGAAACACCCUUGGAAGUGCCACCAAGACAAAUAAUAAAGCUGGGGCCUCAGGCUGUUGUCGAGUACAUGGCUGAAUUUGUCGCGAAGAAAGAUCUGAAGUUUCAACAGCCGAAGAAGAAGAAGGGAUUCUGGUCACUGGUUUGCCUGCUUUUUCGCAAAUGAGACAGGAUCAUGGUGAGAUCACAAUGGUAGUAAUACCAUCUUGGUUCUCAUCUCCGCCGCGGUUUAUCCCACUAAUUCCGUUGUUAUUUCAGUUUUCUUCAGUACUUCCUUUGUUAUGUUGGUACUCAAAUCAGUUGUUUGUUGUACAGAUCAGUCAAUGAGAUUGACCAAGUUCUGUUCUCUGGGUUGUGUUUGGUUCACAUAUGUUUUUGUACAAAUUUGUAUAGUAAGUUUUGAAGAUAUUUUGCUCAGUGAAAUGAGGAAAUUCACAUCAGCGCUUACAUCA